UUAAUUUCUUACUCUCGGCGAGUAACCGAAAUUCUACUCUCUGUCUCUCACUGUGCUUCAGCACUCUCCCUCUGUACUAGCUUGGCAUUAUCUUUGCCUUUUCAUGUUCUCCACACUGUAACCGAAAGCUUUCUCUCUCUUAAACCCUGACUUCUCUCUCUAAACCCAUCGCUGUAUCGGAUAAUUCUCGAAAAUGGGUUGUGCACAAUCGAGACUGGACAAUGAAGAAUCUGUGGCACGCUGUAAGGAACGUCGGAACCUUAUGAAAGACGCUGUGGUUGCCCGUAACGCCUUCGCCGCCGGCCACUCCGGCUACGCCAUGGCCUUGAAAAACACCGGUGCGGCACUUAGCGAUUAUGGACACGGUGAGGUCCAAGAAUCCCAUCAUCAGCACCAAGUCCAGUCCCCUGCGGACGCCUCAUCACAACCUCAGCCACCUCCUCCCCCGCCGCAGUUCGACAACUUUCCACCUCCGCCGCCUCCUCCGAAUUUCUCUCCGAGCCCUGUUAAACGCUCGACGAGCUUGCCCGAGAUCAUAUUGAAUCAACACCGGCGACCUUUCGAUAAAGUUUCCUUCACCAUUGCAGAGGAAGGCGAAGAAGAGCAAGAUAAGGAACAUGAACAAGAAGCUAAAGGUAAAGCUAAAAUUGCGGAAAAUACUGCUAAUAACAUCCAUAAUAACUUGGCCGGGUCGCGGGUCCCACCUGGUGGUGGUGAUGGGGGACCUCAAGCGGCAUCACGGGCUCAAGAGACGCCGCCGAUGCCAAAAGCAAAAAGCAUGGCGUGGGAUUAUUUCUUCAUGGUUGAUAACAUGCCAGGUUCUUCUUUGGAACCGGAAUCGGAUGAGGUUAGAAAUGAGAACACUGCGGAAAACAAUGUGGAAAGAGUGGGGUUCAGUGAAGUUGAGCCGAAGACGCCAGUAAAGCCGGUGGCGGAGAUGGUGGAGGCGGAGGAAGAAGAAAGGAAACAAAUAGAGCACUCUAAGACGGCGCCGGCAGAUUUUAGGAGGGUUGUGGCGAAAGGCGAGCUUCCAAGUGUUAAUCUAAUGCAGGUAUUGAGUGAGAUUGAUGAUCAGUUCCUAAAAGCUUCGGAAUGUGCACAAGAGGUAUCCAAAAUGCUGGAGGCUACCAGGUUGCAUUAUCACUCCAACUUUGCCGAUAAUCGAGGACAAAUUGAUCAUUCUGCACGGGUAAUGCGAGUGAUCACGUGGAAUAGAUCAUUGAAAGGUAUACCAGACAGCGAGGGCGCAAAGGAUGAGUUGGAUUCAGAAGAAUAUGAAACUCAUGCGACUAUUUUGGACAAGAUGUUGGCAUGGGAGAAAAAACUUUAUGAGGAAGUUAAGCAAGGUGAAUAUAUUGAGCUCGAGUACCAGAAGAAGGCUGCUCAGCUACAGAGGCAGAAGAAAAAAGGUGCAAGUGCGGAAUCCAUGGCAAAAACAAAAGCAGCAGUAAGUCAUCUUCAUACUAGAUACAUAGUCGACAUGCAGUCCAAGGAUUCAACUGUUUCAGAAGUGAAUCGUUUACGUGAUGAGCAACUAUACCCAAAACUUGUAGCUCUUGUUGAUGGGAUGGCUAAAAUGUGGGCAAGUAUGUGCACAUAUCAUGACAACCAGCUGAAGAUUGUCACUGACCUCAAGUCCCUUGACAUUGCCCAUGCGCCCAAAGAAACAACUAAGCACCACCAUGAGCACACCAUCCAACUCUUGAAUGUUAUUGAAGGAUGGAAUUCACAGUUUGAGAAACUUGUGACACAUAAAAAACAAUACAUCCAGGGUCUGAACAGCUGGUUGAAGUUAAAUAUCAUUCCCAUUGAAAGCAGCUUAAAAGAGAGAAGCUCAUCUCCCACAAGGCCCCAAAAUCCUCCUAUCCAAGCACUCCUCAGUUCAUGGCAAGAUUGUCUUGACAAGCUUCCUGAUGAGCUUGCCAAAUCUGCAAUUUCUUCCUUCGCCGCUGUGAUAAAAACAAUAAUCAUUCAUCAAGAAGAAGAGAUGAAGCUAAAGGAGAAAUGUGAAGAGACUAGGAAGGAGCUUUUCCGCAAGAGUCAGGUGCUUGAUGAAUGGAAUCAAAAACACCCCCAACGUAAUGAAAUUGACGGGGAAAGAGGUGACGAUUCAAUCCCUUCAGAACCCGUCUCUGAGAAACAAUUUGUCGUUGAGAGUUUGAAAAAGAGGUUGGAAGAUGAAAUUGAAGCUCACCAAAAACAUUGUCUUCAGGUGAGAGACAAGUCAUUGGGGAGUCUCAAAAUUCGUUUGCCUGAGAUAUUCCGUGCAAUGUCAGACUAUGCGCAUGCCUGUUCUGAUAAUUACGAGAGAUUGAGGUCCAUCACGCAGUCCCGAAACACUAAUGGUGAUCCUUCCUGACAUUUUGAACUCUUCUUUAAGCUAGUAAAUUACUUGCAACUUAAAAACUCAGUUGUGCUGUAGUUUUUGUAUCAGACAGUCAUGUUUGUCCUGCACCUUUGAUUUUGAUAGCUGUGCUGUGGUUGCAACUGUGUUUUUGAAACCCUAAUCUUCAUCGUUUUCAAAUUUAAA